AUGACAGAUAGAGCCACGCAAUACGGUUACAGCGUCCCUGAUUCUCAUCAUUUUCCCUCCUCAUUGGUAGAGCUGGUGCAAAAGAUCGACCCGGCUGCGACGCAGUACACGGCACCCGACGGGAGCAAUCCUUUCAUCCACAAAAAGAUUCUGGUCAUCGCAGGCGGAAGGGAUACUCUCGUCCCGUGGAAGUUUACCAAACCGUUCUUCGACUCAUUACACGUCGGAUCACGAGGCAGCAAGGAAUCGUUUGUAGACGAGGAUGCCGGCCAUGAAUGGACGGCAAGAAUGGCAGACAGAAUGGCAGCGUUUAUCACAGCCAGUUGCUUGCUAUUCGGGGACCUGGACUCGAGAACUACUGAAGACCGAGACUUGCUUCCAGUAGAGCGCGUUCGCCUGCAGGAAGACAAUGUCGACAUCUCCAACUUUGUUACCACGAUAUGUACCGGGUUCGAGCGAUUAUCGAGACAGAAGAGCAUCCCAAAGAUGGCAUUCCGUGUCGGCGACACGGUAGAGGUCAAGUCGUCCACAAAGCUGCCAAUCAUCGCCGUCGUUACCUCUGUGCACGAGAUUUCACUCAAAGAAGGAAUAGCUAUCGACGAAACAUUAGAAGAUUUCGAGUUCUCGCCGCUCAAAGCGGUCGUCCAUCGCUUCGAGCUCGCAGGAUCGAUGAGGGUCAACAGGACUGCGCGUCCGCAUGUCGAGAAUGAGGUGUAUUAUCUCGUGAAAGACGCAUUGGUAACCGACGUCGCCUCCAUUGUGCGACACUGUGAGAUUGUACCAAAGGAAGAUGGAGCACCUUUUAUCGCGACUGGUGCCCUAUCGCGCUACAUAACGGAGGCGUCGUACGACCCCGUCACUGGGAUGUACUUUCCGCUCAAAUGGGCUGAAUUUCAUCGCGAUAAGACGACCACAGUACAAUCCGACAGAAUCAGCCAGUGGGAUAUACACCUAGAUUAUAAAGCGCUGGCUCAACAGAAGAAACGACUAGGGCGUCUAGGCUCUCCAUCGAGCUCGGAAGAAGAGUCGGAGGAUAAUGCCGUCGAACCAUUGGACGAACCAGAAGAGAGUGAUGACUCUGGAGGUGUUCCAGAAGCGGAUGAUGACAUGGAACGAGAAGCCAUGUCCGAGGACUCUCAAAACGAGCGAGGCAAGAAGCGAAAACUCGGGGCGGCUUCACAGUUAAUGGCCAUAACACCACGUCGAAAGAGACGUGCUGUCUUACCUACUCCUCACUCUAAAGCGGCUCUCAAGUCGCGAAGGAAAUUCAAGAUACGACCUCCCACCGUUACAGCUCAGGACAAUACGACUCUGUACACGAUGGAAGAUGAUCCUUUUCUCCGGGCGAUGUAUACGCUACAUGUCGGCGAAAGACCGGACACCCUGCCAUGCCGAGAUGACGAAUACGUCAACAUAUUCGAGAACGUCCUGGGACUUCUACAAGAGGCAUCGGGAGGGUGCAUAUAUAUAUCUGGAACUCCGGGUACGGGCAAGACCGCAACAAUUCACACUAUAAUAAGGGAGCUCAAGAUCAUGGCCUCAAACAAUGAAUGUAACCCUUUCACCUUUGUCGAGAUUAACGGGCUGCGAGUGCCAGAGCCAAACGCAGCGUAUCCACUCCUGUGGGAGGCUAUCGUUGGACACGACGCCGCCGCAUUCGGCCAUCUUAAGAUUAGCCCCAGAGAAGCGCUGAGACGACUUACACUCCAUUUCGGCGUUGGCGCCUCUGAGAACAUGGGACCAGCAUGUAUUGUCUUAAUGGACGAAUUGGAUCAACUCGUGACGACAAAGCAGGAUGUGGUGUACAAUUUCUUCAACUGGCCGAACCUGUCGGGCUCGAAGCUGAUUGUUCUCGCCGUAGCCAAUACACAUGACUUGCCGGAACGAGCCCUCUCCGCCAAGGUGAGGAGUAGACUCGGCAUGAUUCGCAUCAAUUUUGCCCCGUAUACCAAACAACAGCUUAUAGAGAUAGUGGAGUCGCGGUUGAAACGUGCACAAGAAGGAGCUCUGAACAUCCAGGCCGUAAUCAAGGACGAUGCGAUCAAAUAUGCAGCGACGAGAGUCGGGGGUAUUAGCGGUGAUGCGAGACGGGUUCUUGAUAUUUGCAGGCGUACGGUUGAGCGUACUCGAGGAAAAGGGCGUGCUGCAACGAUUGCCGAUGUGAUGCAUGUCAUCUCGCUUACCCAGAACACGCCUACUGCUAGCUAUGUUGCACAGUGCAGCUUUCACGAAAAGACGAUGCUCGCUGCCGCCCUCAUGGAGAUUCGCUGGACCGGGGUUGAGGAGUUUACGUGGGAGAAGCUACGAAGUCGGCACCAAGGUCUACUCUUGCAGCUGAACAUUGACGAGGACGCUCCUCAGCUCCGGCCAACGGACGAGCAGCUGGCUGGAAUCCUUGAUGCGUUGGUCAACGCUGGCCUGCUUUCUGUAGAGCCCGGCGCAAUUGCGAAGAGAAAGCCGUUGGAUGAUCGGAAGAUUAUAUUGACGGCUGAAAAGCAGGAGGUCAAGCGGACUCUGGUUGAGAUAGGACAGAGAUGGCAUGCAACCCUCGGAGUAGACACAUGA